GCCUCCGGCGUCGCGCGCAGUUCCGCCAUGGCCUCCGCGGGGGUCGGUCGCGGUCGCCCCGGGUCUCGGCGGGAGCCCGGAGGCCGCUCCCGCGGACGGGACAAGUACUCGGUGCUUCUCCCCACCUACAACGAGCGCGAGAACCUGCCGCUCAUCGUGUGGCUGCUGGUGAAGAGCUUCUCCGAGAGUGGAAUCAACUAUGAGAUUAUAAUCAUAGAUGAUGGAAGUCCAGAUGGAACAAGGGAUGUUGCUGAACAGUUGGAAAAGAUCUACGGGUCAGACAGAAUUCUUUUAAGACCACGAGAGAAAAAGUUGGGACUAGGAACUGCGUACAUUCAUGGGAUGAAGCAUGCCACAGGAAACUUUGUGAUUAUUAUGGAUGCUGACCUCUCACACCAUCCAAAAUUUAUUCCUGAAUUUAUUAGAAAGCAAAAGGAAGGUGAUUUUGAUAUUGUCUCUGGAACUCGAUACAGGGGAAAUGGAGGUGUAUAUGGCUGGGAUUUGAAAAGAAAAAUAAUCAGCCGUGGAGCCAAUUUUCUAACUCAGGUUUUGCUGAGACCAGGAGCAUCAGAUUUAACUGGCAGCUUCAGAUUAUACCGAAAAGAGGUUCUACAGAAACUAAUAGAAAAAUGUGUUUCUAAAGGCUACGUGUUCCAGAUGGAGAUGAUUGUUCGGGCCAGACAGUUGAACUACACUAUUGGGGAGGUUCCAAUCUCAUUUGUGGAUCGAGUUUAUGGCGAAUCCAAGUUGGGAGGAAAUGAAAUAGUCUCUUUCUUGAAAGGAUUAUUGACUCUUUUUGCUACUACGUGAAAGAAAGUUACUCAUUUAUUCUUACCAUGUUCAUUUCAAUGUAAAAGUACAAGAAGCCUGGUUACUGAUUAAAAAUGUACUCUUACAGCAUGAACAUAAGGUAAGGUACAUUACGUACAUAUCUUUUCUCUAGAAAAAAAAUCCCAUUUUGUACUCCAUAUUAAAAGUUACUGGUUUAAUGAA